AUGAGUCUGACAAUGGAGGAGAGAUUCGCCUUACGCAAAUUAUCCAAGAAUGAUUCAAAAAUUGUACUUCCAGCGGACAAAGGCAAUGCAACAGUCGUCAUGAAGAAGGAAGACUACAAAAACAAGAUGACAAAAAUGCUAAAUGAAGGUCCUUGCAAAGUCAUUCGCAACCCCACAUCUAGAACACCCCACAUCUUCAUUUUUAGAAACCUUAGUGAAGAAUACAAACGCCAUCUUAUUAACUCUGAUCCACGACCUCCGAUCAUCUACGGUCUUCCCAAAGUUCACAAGGACGGGAUUCCUAUGCUACCCAUAGUCAGUUCAAUUGGAUCACCUACGUACAACAUCGCCAAGUUUGUUUCUAAACAUCUUUCUGAGUUUGUUGGGCUGACUGAAUCGUUUGUUAAGGACUCCAGACACUUCAUCGAAAUAAUUAAGCGCGUUAAACUGGAUGAUAAUGAUAUCCUAGUGAGCUUUGACGUUGAAUCACUUUUUACUAGCAUUCCUGUUCCAGAAACAGUAGACAUCAUAAGAACACUCCUGGAUGACAGCUUAGCUCAGUUAGCAGAGAUUUGCCUAAAUUCCACGUAUUUUUACUUCGAUGGAAAAUACUUUGAACAAACAGAAGGUGCAGCGAUGGGUUCACCGUUAUCUCCUGUAGCAGCCAACUUAUUCAUGGAACAUUUGGAGAGAAAUGCAAUGGAAUCUGCAAUCCUAAAACCCAAGAUUUGGCUCCGUUACGUGGAUGACGUCUGGGCAGUGUGGCCUCACGGGAGAAAUAAGCUUACAGAGUUUUUGGACCAUCUCAAUAGUAUUAACUCCAACAUAAAGUUCACGAUGGAAGAGGAAAGAGACAGGAAACUGCCAUUCUUGGAUGUACUAACUACAAGGAAGGAAAACGGAACAAUUGGCCAUGCUGUGUACAGAAAACCAACGCAUACCAACAGAUAUUUAAACGCUCAAUCACAUCACCACCCGGCACAGAAAAACGGCAUAUUAAACACACUGAUAAAUAGAGCAAUCCGCAUCUCAGACAUGGAAAACAGGAUUAGUGAAGAAAAAGUGAUAACUUCGGCCCUCUUAAGCAACGGUUAUAGUAAAAAGGAUAUUAAGAGAGCUUUUAAGAGACAGGAUUGUAGGCUAGCACAAGUAGCAGCAACCGAUAAACAAAAAGUCAGUGACAACAGUGAGAGAAGACAUAAUUCGUAUCUUCCUUAUGUGAAAGGGACAUCGGAGAAGAUUGGCAGGAUUCUCAAAAAAUACGACAUCACACCAGUAUACAGGCCUCUGAGAAAAAUAAACUCACUCCUACCCAAUGGUAAAGACAAAUUACCCCUAAGCGCACCGGGUGUAUACAAGAUUCCUUGUUCCUGUGGAAAAGUUUACAUCGGAGAAACCAAACGGAUGAUUUCAACUAGAUUGAAAGAACACAUUCGCCAGACAAAACAGGAAAAUAUUGAAAAAUUGGCAGUAGCAGAACACAGUUUUACAACGAAACACGCCAUAGAAUUUGACAAAGUUAAAGUACUCGCUAAAGAACCCUAUUUCUACCAUAGAAAAAUCAGAGAAGCUAUUGAAAUCAAAAAACAUCCAGAUAAUUUCAAUAAAGAUGACAGCUACAAGCUUCCACAGUCAUGGAAUCCGGUAUUACGUCACCUUGUUUACUAG